GGAGUUACCGUCAUCCCACCGCUGGCGUCGACGCCGUGUCUGCUGGGAUGAAGCUCGACGGAGAACCGCAGAGAUCCUCACAAAUCUGAGACGCCAAAACCUGCCAGGAUCACCGAAAAGAGCCGUUAGUGACAAAACUGAGCGGUGCUGAGCAGGAGUCCGGAGGAGAAGGAGGAGAGGAGGAGAGGAGCCAAAAUGAUGGAAGAAAUCGACAGAUUUCAGGUGCCGAGCGCCGCGCAGGACGCGGAGAUGCAGCCGCUGGAUCCAGCCUCAUCCACAACAUCAGAGGCAGACUCGGACACCAGGGAGGGGGAACCUGUCACGAUCAACUACAAGCCUUCACCUCUACAAAUGAAAAUAGAGAAACAGAGAGAGCUGGCCAGGAAGGGUUCGCUGAAGAACACCAACACUGUUGGUAGCCCGGUCAACCAGCAGCCCAAGAAGAACAAUGUCAUGGCCAGAACACGGUUGGUAGUUCCCAAUAAAGGCUAUUCAUCUUUAGACCAGAGCCCAGAUGAGAAGCCCUUGGUGGCCCUAGACACUGACAGCGAUGAUGACUUUGACAUGUCAAGAUACUCGUCAUCAGGAUACUCUUCUGCUGAGCAAAUUAACCAGGAUCUGAACAUCCAGCUGCUGAAGGACGGCUACCGUCUGGACGAGAUCCCAGACGACGAGGACUUGGACCUGAUCCCACCCAAAUCCGUCAACCCUACCUGCAUGUGCUGCCAGGCAACUUCCUCCACUACCUGUCAAAUACAGUAACCCAACCCCCUUUGACCCUUCUGCCUUUCCCACAUGACGUACCCCCCCCCCCCCCGAUCUUCAUGUGCUGUGAGUUUGCUUGCAGUGACAAUGCAAACAAUGACAGAAUACUAUAAUUAAGUGCUUUGACGAUAGUAACUAAUAAUCAGAUG